CGGAGACCAAAACGAAUUGAAUUCAAUUUGAGGGUGGAGACACCGAAUGUAUAUUUAGAAGAAUUUUCUACUUUUUUUUUUUUAUUUCUCUAUUUCUUUCUUUAUCUCAACAUGAAUGAUAGACCAACGAUAACAAACAACAGACGUUGGUCUUCCGAGGAAAAUAGACAACCAGUGACUGACAUGACAAUCAUGUCGAAAAGUAUGCCAUCGGAAGCAUCGCCACUCUCCAAACGCUUUAAGCUUUUCAAACGAAAGAGCCUCCAUACAUCCAGAAGAAGAAGUGUGAGUGCAGAUAACUUGGUCAUGCAUUCAAACCUUGAAGAAUUUGAACUUUCGAAGCGUUUGAAACUGAGAGUGACGAUAGAAGAAGCGAAGCUCAUACCUGAUAUGGACACUUACGCUAUUGUACGAUGCCUCAAUCAUCGCAGUAGAACGCAUGUUGCUAAGAAAUCAAGUCAGCCCAAUUGGUCAUGUUCAUUUGAUAUGCCUUUAAUGGGUGCACGCAGAAGAAAGACAAAGCAAAGACAAUGGAAACAAGGCAUAGUAAUUACUGUCUGUUCAAAAGACCGUUUUCGGUCUCAAUUUCUGGGUCAAAUUCAACUGCCAUUUCCUGAAAAAGCAGCUAUUUACCAUGAUGCAACAGCACAUUGGUACACAUUACAUGCUUAUCAAAGAAAAGCUUAUUUAAGGAACAGUCAUAAAAAGACACUCUCUAUAGAACCAAUAGGAGAGAUUAAGGUCAAAAUAGGCCUAGUGUGUUCAGAAGAACAGGAGAAAGAAGAAACGCUUUCAAAUGAGGCUAUUAACGAAAUAUGGCAACUAUUAUCCAUGUAUCAUAAACAAUCACGUUCUUUACCAAGUUCCGCACCUGUUCUUAAAAGCUCAACUUCCUUGCCAGCCAGCAGUGCUUCAUCAGACGAUAUGAGUCGUAAGCGACUGGGUACUCGGCAAUUCGGGUCUGCUGAAUCCUUCAAGACAGUCAGAAAAAGACGAGAGAAAAGAAGAGGCAUUGAAGGCAAAUUUCAUCAAGAUGUAGUUGGUGUAACAUUUCUUGAAAUCUGUCAUGCAAAUGAUUUACCACCUGAGAAAAACUUGGCCCGUACAAGUUUUGAUAUGGAUCCUUUUGUGGUAGUGUCCUUUGGUCAAUCCACGUUUCGUACAAGCGCUGUACGACACAAUUUAAAUCCUGUGUGGAACGAGAAACUGUUUUUCCACGUACGCCACAAUGAAGCCAAUUACCAUUUAAAGUUUACAGUGUAUGACAGAGAAAAGUUUUCAGGCAACGAUCUUGUAGCAUGGUGUCAAAUUCCUAUUCGCAAUAUAUUUCAUACUGAUAUUCAACAAGGCCUCGAAUCUUCGAUAGAGCAAGGCAUGGAUAGGUAUACAUUUCCUUUACAAAUGGCGCAUCCUGAGAAAUGGAAAGACAAGCGACCGACCUUGACAGUGCGUGCCAAGUUUAUGCCAUAUGCUCAGAUUCGAAAGAUGUUUUGGGUUUCGUUGGCCAAGUCUUAUGAUGCUGAAAAUACAGGUACAUUAAGUCGUUUGGAAGUCCAGUCGCUGUUGGAGACAAUGGGGUCUACUAUUACUGAGUCUACCAUUGAUAAGUUUUGGGUGCAGCACAACAAGAAUCCUCAAAAAGAAGAUGAAGACUUGACUUUGGAUGAAUUAGUUGAAAGUUUAGAGAACCAUAUGAUAAAUGAAGAACAAGAACAAGAGACAGAGUCAGAUAGUUCUACUCGUUUAAUAUGCGAUACAGAAAAGACAUUGGAGGAUAUGUAUAUUGUUGAAGAAGAGGAAGAAGAUGACGAUGAAGAUGACGAUGAAGAAGAAGACUGGGUUGUGGAUAAUAAUGAAGAAGAAGAGGAGGAAGAAGAAGCUAUGGACACACCUUUAACAACAGAUGAAGAUGAAGAAACACAACUUACACAUUCACCUCUUGAAAAAGAUAUCGAUUUAGCAGAAGUACUGAUUGCAGAGGAAGACCAAUUGACUCAAAAGAUACCUUUGCCUCAAAUAAGUUCCAUUUGGGAAGACAAAUAUCCUUAUAAGCAUGGUAAACGACGAACACAGACAGCAGAAAAAGUGAUUUGUUUAAAAGAAUGUCCUAUCUGUCAUCGUCCCAACUUGGCCAGACGAUCUCAAAUGGACAUUAUUACACAUGUAGCUACUUGUGCCGCUAACGAUUGGACUACAGUAGAUAGAUUCUUGAUGGGUAAUUUUAUUACAGAAGCCUAUGCUCAAAGAAGAUGGUUUGUCAAGCUUGUACGUAAAGUAGGUUAUGGCAAAUAUUCUCCGGGAAAGGACAAUGCCAACAUCCUUGUCCAAGACAGAAGAACAGGCCAUUUGAUUGAAGAAAAAAUGAGUGUUUAUAUUCGACUUGGUAUGCGACUUGUUUAUAAGGGUAUGAAGUCAGGCAUUCAAUCAAGAGGCGCACAACGUAUCUUGACCAACUUGACUGUCAAACAAGGCAGACGAUUUGACGACCCUAAAUCUGCUCGAGAAAUCCCUUCGUUUAUCAAGUUUCACAAGAUAUGCUUGGAUGAAGUAGCAGAGCCAUUGUCUAGUUUCAAAACAUUCAAUGCAUUCUUUUACCGCACCUUGAAGCCUGGUUCAAGACCACCUGAUUCACCAGAAGAUCCUACUGUAGCAGUGAGUCCAGCAGACAGUCGAAUGACUGCUUUUGAGACUGUAUCUGAAGCAACACGACUUUGGAUCAAAGGGCUUGAUUUCAGCCUCAAGAAACUCAUAGGCGACAAUCAAAGUGCUCAAGAUUUUGAAGGUGGUUCUCUUGCUGUGUUUCGGUUAGCACCACAAGAUUACCAUCGAUUUCAUUCACCUGUAGAUGGCCUGAUCACUAAAGUCAGACAUAUCUCGGGUCAAUACUAUACAGUCAAUCCAAUGGCAAUUAGAACAACCAUUGAUGUGUUUGGUGAGAAUGCACGGACUGUUGUUUGGAUUGAUUCCAAAGAGUUUGGUAAAGUAGCUGUGGUUUGUGUCGGUGCUAUGCUGGUGGGAUCCAUCAUUAUCACUGCUCAAGUGGGCAGUGAAAUUAAGCGUACAGAUGAAAUGGGCUAUUUUGCUUUUGGUGGAUCUACACUGGUCGUUGUUUUUCAAAAAGACAAAAUGCAUUUUGACCAUGAUUUAUUAGACAAUUCAGACAAAGCAGUAGAAACACUUGUACGUGUAGGCAACCAUAUAGGUGUGCUGCCUCGUUAAAUAUAUAUAUAUAUAUCCAUAUUUUCUAUACCCUUUUAUUGAAUAAUAAUAAUAAUAAUAAAAUUGUUUCUAUGAUUUUCUC